CUCCGCGGACGCUUUUUAAAGUAACACCAGUUGUUUCAGUAAAAAACAAACCAGCCUCAUUUUCACAGCUCUAACUAAACGUUGCCUUUUAAAGACAAGCCAGCCAAAACUAAUCUACGGGACAAAAAAAAAAUCAAGAUAUCCGCUGUUGAAUGAUAUGGCCAAUGUAGAGGGAAAUAAACUUUGGGGAGGUCGUUUCGUGGGAGACACCGAUCCAAUCAUGGAGAGGUUUAAUGCAUCGAUCACGUAUGACCAGAGGAUGUGGGAUGCUGACAUCAGAGGGAGCAGGGCGUAUGUGAAGGCUCUGGGGAAGGCCCUGCUGGUCAGCACCGAGGAGAUGGAGAGCAUUUUACAAGGGAUGAAUCAGAUUUCAGAGGAGUGGUCCAAAGGUGUGUUUGUGAUCAAAGCCGGGGAUGAAGACAUUCACACUGCCAAUGAGCGCAGGUUAACGGAGCUGAUUGGUGCACCAGCAGGGAAGCUGCACACUGGCAGGAGCAGAAAUGACCAGGUGGUGACUGACAUGAGGAUCUGGAUGCGAGAUGCCAUCGCAAACCUGACAGACAAUUCUCUUCAGCUUAUAUCCACCAUGGUGGAGCGGGCAGCAAUUGAAAUUGAUGUCCUUUUUCCUGGAUACACCCACAUGCAGAGGGCUCAGCCAAUCAGAUGGAGCCACUGGAUUCUGAGUCAUGCUGUUGCUCUGAGUAGAGACGUGGAGCGGCUUCUGGACAUCAAGAACAGAGUUAAUAUCUUACCUCUUGGCAGUGGUGCAAUUGCUGGAACACCAUUUGAUAUUGACAGGGAGCUGCUGCGGAGAGAGUUGGAAUUUGAUAGCGUCAGUCUAAACAGCAUGGACGCCACAGGCCAAAGAGACUUUGUUGUGGAGUUCUUAUUUUGGGCUUCACUGUGCCUGACACACCUGAGUAAGGUGGCUGAGGACCUCAUGCUGUACAGCACCAAAGAGUUCUCCUUCAUCACACUCUCUGACGCCUAUAGCACGGGCAGCAGUCUGAUGCCUCAGAAGAAGAACGCCGACAGUCUGGAGCUGAUCCGGAGCAAAGCAGGUCGUGUCUUUGGCAGAUGUGCAGGGUUCAUGAUGACACUGAAAGGUCUGCCCAGCACCUACAACAAAGAUUUGCAAGAGGAUAAGGAGGCCAUGUUUGACUGCUUUGACACUGUUCAGGCCGUGCUGCAGGUGACAACUGGAGUCAUGUCCACUCUCAAGAUUAAUCCGAGUGUGAUGGAAGCUGCUCUUAGUCCAGACAUGUUGGCCACGGAUCUGGCUUACUACCUGGUGAGGAAAGGGGUACCGUUCAGAGAAGCUCACGGCCUCUCUGGCAAAGCUGUGUUUGCUGCUGAAUCCAAAAGCAUCAGCUUAAAUCAGCUCACCAUGCAAGACUUGACUGCUGUUAGCCCUCUGUUUGAAAGCGACGUGUCUUCGGUGUGGGACUACAGGAGCAGCGUGGAGCAGUACAGCGCUCCCGGAGGAACCGCCAAGAGCAGCGUCUCUGCCCAGGUGGAGCACCUGAGAAACUGGCUAAAAAAACAGGCAAAGUGACUUCCACCAAAUAACACCUUUACAAUUCUGAAUCAGGUUUACUGCAAACAUGUAGAUCAAUAUGAACUCUUAGAUCCAGGUCAAAGUGAAUUAUUGUGAACUUGAAAACCAAACUGCCUUUAAAACAAGCUCCUCUUGAAGUAAAUGUGAAAUGAUGUGUUAUCUGUG